GGAGAUUAGAAAAAGAGUAUGACUGUGAAAUUAUUAUUACUCCACCGAGUAUUGAUUAUCAGAUAAUUUUAUCUAGUGGGGAAACGAUAGCAGUUAACAACCCCCAGAAAAUACCGACCAAGGAUAAAAUGAAAAUUAUUGAAGAAUUGUUUAUUAAUUUAAAUAUUGCUACUCCCGAGGAGCAGUUGGGAGAGAUUUCCCAAUUAUGCCAAGAUAAACGGGGCUCGCUCUAUCAGUUGAAUUAUCAUUUGCCUUUUGCCGAAUUUAUUCUCGAUUUUCAUGAUAAAAUUAAAUCAAUUUCUCACGGCUAUGCUUCUUUUGAUUAUCAAAUAAUUGGGUUUAGACCUAGUGAUAUUGUGAAAAUAGACAUUUUAUUAAACAAUCAAUUAAUUCCCGAUUUAUCUUUUUUAGCACACCGAAGUUCGGCUUAUGAACGUGCUAAAACCACCUGCGAACAAUUGAAAAUGACUCUGAAUCGGCAAAAUUUUCCCGUUCCGAUUCAGGCUGUUGAUGGCAACCACGUAAUUGCCCGAGAGACCCUACCAGCUUUAAAAAAAAAUGUUAUAUCUCGGAUUCAUGGAG